AUGGACAGGAUGACAGAAAACUAUACAGUUGCAAGACGGAGUAAUAGAUGGCCACUUACAGUAUUUUAUUCAAUUUUGAAUAUCGGUGCUGUAAAUGCUCAAGUUAUAUAUCAUGAAAACAGUCAAUCUAAAUAUACUCGUCUUCAAUUUUUAAAAAUAUUAGCAAAACAAUUUAUGGAUGAACAGUUAAAAUAUCGUGCAACAAUACUUUCACUUCCAAAAAAUAUUAAAACGCGACUAAAUAUUUAUGGUUACAAAUCAACAUUACAAGUAGGUGAGCAACGGGUAAGAGCAUCAGGAAGAUGUCAAUUUUGUGACCGCCAACGUGAUAGAAAAACAACAAAAGUAUGCACCAAUUGUGCAAAACUUAUAUGCAGAGACCACUUAGUAGAAGAAUGUCUAGAGUGUUUUAGUGAGAUGUGA